GGCAUCACACGGAGGUGUGCCUGCAGACUGGUCGGGAUCCCUUCACCACCUCGGUCUCUUCACACGCAUCAGGGGCCACCAAAGACAUGGGUAAGAUGCUGGGUGGAGAGGAGGAGAAGGACCCGGAUGCAGCCAAGAAGGAAGAGGAACGGCAGGAGGCGUUAAAGCAGCAGGAAGAGGAGAGGAAGGCCAAACACGCCCGCAUGGAGGCAGAGAGGGAGAAAGUACGGCAGUCCAUCAGGGACAAAUACGGGUUGAAGAAGAAGGAGGAGAAAGAGGCGGAGGAGAAAGCGGCCAUGGAGCAGGCCUGCGAGGGGUCACUGACACGUCCGAAAAAGGCGAUCCCGAGGGGCUGUGGAGAUGACGAGGAUGACGAUGAAGAGAGCAUACUUGACACUGUUCUCAAGUUUUUGCCUGGACCUUUACAGGACAUGUUUAAGAAGUAAAAAAUUAACAAAUCAAAAGAACCCUAAAUUCAAGGGCCAGUCUGGCCUGGGCUAGGCUGUGGGGCAAAGGGAAGAGGGGAGACUGGGGACGUGAACUGGUUGGGGUUUUUGUAAGCGGGCAGGGUUUGAGUGUAGAUCUAGGGCAUGCCGAAGUCGUUGGGGGCAAAAUGGAGUAGGGAGUGGGGCUCCUGCAAAACAGUUAGAGGCUGCACACUGCCUUUCUAGAAAUCUUUUACUUUGUCCUUUUCUACUCCUCGACGAUCAUGUCGUUCUUCCAACUUUUAUUUGCCACAGUUGCUGUACAACCUUCCAACUGCCACUUAGCACAUUUCUUACAAUUAGCAUGUGUUUUUACCUUUUCCUGUUGUUGUUUAUACACUGAUUAAGGCUUUUUGAUUGGUAGACCAAUGGAGAACAGUAUUCACUUAAAGAAGGGCAGUGUGGUUUUUCAAAUGGCACUGCCACCAUGUUUCCCAGUAGAUGGAGCAUAUUUGUUUUUUUUCACUGGGUCUUUUCUACUUUUAUGAACCUGGUCUUUCUAUUUUAUGUUCUUAGGACUUGUGCCUUCAUAUCAUCUCCUCUUGCGGAGGAAUUGUAAAUGAGGGUGUCAUUUAGAGUCCAGCAGGUGUACAGUUGUAGGUAGCAUGAAGGGAUGCAUUCAAGGAUACAACAUCGGACACUUUUGGAAUAAUGGAUUUGACAUAAGGUUGGCUAGCUGGCGUGUUUGGGGGUUUGUAAAAGUUCAGAUCACAUACUUCUGGAAAUUCUAGACAAAGUUUGGAAGGAGCAGUCCACAGAACUACUAAAAUCAUAGUUCACUGUUACUUAAAAGGCUCUGAGCUUCUGCAGAAUAACAAGGUCGAUUUCCCUCCUACUUCCACCGCCAGUUUUGUAAAACCCAGACGUUCUGAGCCUCUUCGCUGUUAGUGCCAUUAUGUUAGAAAAGUAAAACUUAAGAUCUUAAAUGUGUCAAGAACUCGUGUCAGUAUGUACAUUUUAAGUGGAUUUUACUUUUCUUGAUUCAUGUAAGCAAAUGACUCUUUACUUUGUUCAAAUCCCAUUUUCAAAAACAAAUCAUUUGUCUGAAAUGUUCAGAUUUACACAAAGUAAAAGUCAAACCAAAUCAUCAUGAUAUUAGCUAGUGUGGUCCCCAUAGACAAUCAAAGCACUGACCAAAACAUUUCUUUUUUUAUUUUUGCGAAUAUGCUUCCAGUUUAUUUUAAUGUAGCAGCAAUUGUGAUUUGAUCUUUCCCAUCAUCUUAGUUUAUCUUGACCGAGGCUCAUUGACACUGAGACCAAAGAAAUAACUGCUGAGACCUUACUAUUCCUUUUGUCACCGUCUAAGCCACGCUUGAUUUUUAUCAUACAAGUGAGGCCUGUGGGAGAAACUCAGCAGCCUGUUCCCCGUGUGCUAAACUACAGUGAUACUCUCCUAUUUCCACAUAGGUAUUCCACAGUUAAAUAGGACUGGAUAAUUGAACUGUGGACUGAGUGUGAGAAAAGUGACCUGUGAGUUGUAGCAUUUCACUGCUUGAAGAGCUCACAGAGCUGAGUAUAUUGUGCAUCCUGCAUCUCUUAAUCCUACAAAAUAUCAUAGUGAUUUGUCAUAUAGCAUUUACAUAGAUGUACUGUAAAAGAAAACAAUCUCUAUUUAGUGAAACUACCUUAAUAUAUGGGCAUAGCAUGUUGGUUUUUCCUAAAUGAUCCGGUGGCUAUUCAGUGGUUAGUUAUGGGAUGAUGUAUGAUAAAUACAUUGUCCCAUGAGUUUUCAACUUAGAGUAACUGUAAGGAUUAAAAAAAUCUAAUGAUGAAGUUGUCAUAAGCACUAUGAAAACAGUUUCAUUAUCUAGCUCAGAUAGGACUUUCACUAGACAAAGCCAUAUUGUUUAGAUCGCAAUAAUGACUGAAAAUCAUAAAAAAGAAUAUUUCAGCAUUCAAUGUUAAUGUUUCAUGUUUGUUUUCUGUAAAAAAAAAAAGAUAUCUGUGUUUAUAACUCACUGUUAUUGCAUUUUCAAAGAUGUAUACUAAUGUAUACGCAAUGUAUGUAAAAAAGAGAAGCCACCGUUCUAACUGUCUCAGUGUACUACAUGUGUACUGUACUGUAAGCGUGUGUGUUUAUAUGUGUGUGUCUUUCUACAGGUCUGUGCUGUGAGACCAUGUCGUUGAUUCAUGUAGUCCUGGUUUCUAUGACUUAAAAGUGUCUUUCAACUAUUUUGUGCACAGGCAGAAGCUAGGACGCAUGUCUAAAAAAAAUACUUAACACAUUCCUCUGAGGUUAUGAGCAAUUGAGCAUGCAAAUGUUUGGUAGAGAGUAAAAUACACUAAAAGACAAAACCAGAUUAUUUUCUGUUUCUGUAGGAAUCUCCAGGUAACAGAAUCUGUGCUUUGGGUCCAGAAAGAUCAGUUGUGCGAUGGGCUUGUUGAGUAUUAUCUGAGUGAUUUAAGGCCGUGCUCACCAGCUUGGUUAUACAGCUCAGACACAAAAAUCAUCCGUGGGCAUUGCUGUGUCUCAGAACUUUUAGCAGUGAGCAUAUACAGGUUCACACUAGAAAUCUAACAAAACGAGUGUCAGAAUGAUUGUACUUGUUUUUUUAAGUGUGGUGUUGAUGGAGACUAUUUUCCCACAAUGCAAAGCUUGGUCCCCUAAAGGAAACACCUGCCAGCAGUUAUAAAAACUAUAUAACCAGUUGAUCAAUUUGACUUCACUUGAGUUGCUAAAGCAGGUUGCUUCCAACAGUUCGAUCUCUGACGUCUCAGUCCAGCACCGUACUGGUCAGUUAACAUGAGACAUAUGCUUGUUAACCGGUAUGUUCAACAGGUUUUCAUGACCAUUGAUUUCAGUCUGUACAAACUGUGAAAAACCACAAAUGUCUUACAAAAGGCAGCAGCUGGAUCUUUCAUAGCAAUGUUACAAAUUUGUAGUAUUGUUGCUGACCAUGCAGUAACAGCAGUAGUCCAUCAGAGUCAACACUGACAACACUGUUGGACUUUGACAGUUCUCACAGUUCAUAAUUCAGCUGUGUACAAAUAGGUUUCAGUUUGCAGUUAAAAUGUGAGCCGUUACACAGUAGGUGUAAACAGCUGAUGUGGAACAAGACAUUAGUGUUAUCCAAGCUAAAUCACUGGUGCGUCUUGACAAACACUGAUGUGUCAGGAUAAACUUCUGCCCAAGCAGCUUAUGCUUUUUAACUCUGCGCUUUAAAAUGCAUCAUCUAUGGCCCCCAUACAUUGACUUCUUAUGUCUGUAGGCAAGUGAAGAGUUGCUAGAGGCCUCACAUACAGCAACGCAACAGUAUGUCUUGCACUUAAGUGCUUCUUCAUUGAAUUGCCAGGCAUGUGAGUUCAAACUGUUUGGCUGCAGGAAAGUGCUUAGACACAGAUCUUAUACCCACUGUGCUAAAAACCAUCCUUAGUGAUCACGGCCUGAAGACAUCAACUCUGAAGUGACAGGAAGGCUUGAUAGGCUUUUCAAAAGGAAAAUUAAUGUGCAAUGGGAAAAAGAAAAAAUAGUGAAACUAAAAUAUGUGCUUUUUUGAUAAUGUACUGUAGGUGUAGUACUAAAAACAUUUGUCCAUUUAGAUUUUAAUGUACAGUAGAAUACAUCAUACAUUUAUUUAAAAGACCAACCUGCAGAGAGACUCUUUUUAAUGCAGUCCCAUUGCUCAUCAUCAUAAACUAACCACCCAUGAUGGAGUAAUACAUUGGCAUCAGAGGAUGAAAUAGUUACAGUGCAGAUGCUUAGACUGUGUUGAGUGUCUUAUGCUUUGUCUGAGGAGAAUCACUUUAAUUUAUUUUAUUUAUUACAUGAACAUUGGGAAUUUUGAGUAAGCUUAUUCAGGCAUGGUAUCCCCCUGUGUGGCUAGAAGAAUGGGGGAUAUACAGUCCUGGACUAGACUUAAUUCAUGGGCCCUUCAUGGAAACUACAGCCAUACAUCCUCUGUAUGUAAACCAGUCUCUCAGCGGGACUCGUCUUGAGACGUCACAGCUCAUGAACUGACUUUGAAAAGGGCUAUGUCAUUUGUAUGUAAGGCUAGUACUCAUCUGUCUCAACUGUGCAAGACGUGCUGUUGUUUUAAUUCAUUCUGGUUUCAUGAAAUACUUCAGGGUGGACCACUGUGUUUGUGGAGUGACAUAUAGCUUAAAAAGCUGCUGUAGCAUGUUGAUUUGAUAGACAAUAGUGUAAAAGCAAGAAGUUGUUUCUUUAAAUAUGGGGCCCAGAUAAUUUUACAUGAAUAUAUAAACUGUAUAUCUUCUACAUAGAAGUAGAUGUGGGUAAAGGAGGGAUUUUGAAAUGAAAGGCCUCAAAGCCAUUAAGCUGCUGCAGCAAACUUCGGCUGGUGUUCCUGUGAAACAUCUUAACUCAGAGGCUGCCAUUGUACGGAUGGUUUUAGGGGAGACUCAGGUUGAAGAGACUGAAACUGAAAAACUGGAUUAUCAAAGCAUCUUCUAUUGUCAGAGCCCAGAAACAUUUAAAAUCAGAGUUCAUCCUCCCUAAAAAGCUAAGAUUCUCCAUUAAGUUUGGUGAUAUUUGUCAUGACUGUUGUACUACAUGAACACAAAAAUUUGUACAGGCAAUGAGCUAAAGACAUCAUAGAUGUUUACCUCUCAAAUAUAACUUCAUGUGAUGCAAUGAGCGAUUGAGAUAGAAUAUUUCAGAUUUAAAACUUCCCUUUAAACUUGCUCGUUCAUCCACGUGCGGCCAGACAUCUCUUUUGUAAUCGUAGUGCUGAUGCCAGAACUUUUUCAUAACAUUUCUUGCACACUUAUGAAUAUUGUAGCUGCCUAGCUCAAUCAUGCCAGGAUAGCAAGAAAUAGAAGUUAACAUGUCUUGGUGAAGGGUGGGGUGGUGGUGGUGGUGCAGUGGUUAGAGCUGUGGCCUUGUGAUACACUGGUGACCUAGCCAGGGUGAACCCCCCUCCCACAGUGUCAGCUGGGAUGGGCUCCAGUUCCCCACGAUCCUCUUCAAGAUGAGUGGGAUAGAUAAUGGAUUUCUUGGUGAAUGUUUUACCAAUACACCACACAAUCUCCUGGGCACAUUUACUUUCCCUCUAGUGGAAGUGAAGAUUUUGGUGAGCUCUCCUUAGCUGUGAGCAAAACUGUUUCUGCAAAGGCAAAAUCUUUGAAUACAUUCCGGUGUUUUUGCAUUUGCACUACAACACGAUGAAAUGUUACACUGACAAUAUUAUGGCAUCUAAAGACUCAUCGCUAUCAACUAUCUUGUUUUGUUCCUGUCCGCCCGCCCUCUGAAAGAUAAAGUUGGAAGGAAUUAGGGAUAACACAUUUAGCCACGGCUGUCAGGGGUCCCUUUAGUCAUCCUGUUGCUGCACUAACUCUAUUCGCUUCCUGGAGACCACAUGUGGAAAUGACAUGCACUGUGGUAGACAGUGGAAACUGGUGGCCACAACAUUGUAUAGGAUUUGGGUGAAAAAGUUUCCAAAAAAUGUAUACAAAAGGGAGAAAGGGAACAGAUUUUAAGUUGUUCUAACUGAAUCAAGAGGAUAUUUCUUUUUAUUUCAGAGUGAAAAUAAUUUCAGGUUGCAGAGGUCAAGAAUGUAAGCUCUAUGCGAUUUUUUUUUUUGUUUACUUGCAUGUCAAAUACUCUAUGUGGAGCCCACUCACUGUAAAACUGUCUCAUCAACAGAACUGAACUGAACUUCUUUUGAAAAUUAAAUGCAUAGUACA